GAUUCCUGUCCGUAAGCUUCCAGUAUGCCCCGCCUUACUUCCCGCUCGUCAAUCUUACGUGCUUCCCUCUCUCUCGGGAAACCCUUUAGACCCUUUCCAUCGUUCUUCAUUUUCUCACUCUGCUGGAACUGCAAAUUCCAUUUUCAUUUUCUCUCUUUUUGUAGUUAUAAACCAAUCCAAGAGCAAUGGAUGACCGAAUUGACGACGAUGACACGGACAAGGAGUCCUUGGCCGGCCUGAGCUCUCUUCCACCUCACCGCAAAGCCCAUUCGUAUAGCCAACAGCUCCGAGGCACCUCCACACACAAACGCCACAAUCAAGUCCGCAAGCACAGUCUCGACGAUUGCCGUAUGUCGAAUAACAUGGACUCUUUUUACGAGGACUCUGACUCGGAUGAUGACUUCUUCCCACAUUCAUCUACAAAUCCUGCUGCUGAUGAAUACAUCGAAGGUGAUGAUGAUUUGUGUCAGUAUCAGCCUUUGCAGGAAUUUAUUGGCAGCGGGGGCGGAACUGGGAUCUUUAAGGCUCCCAUUAGAGCGGCCGUUCAUCCCGGCCGUCCCCCGUGUGUUGAGUUAAGGCCCCACCCGUUAAGGGAGACUCAGGUUGGGAAGUUCCUCAGAAACAUUGCUUGUACCGAAUCACAGUUGUGGGCUGGACAGGAAGCUGGGGUGAGGGUGUGGGAGUUUCAAAAUGCUAAUGAACCAGGUUGCGGUCUUGGUGGAAAGGUGAGAAGAGGCGACGAGGAUGCUGCGCCAUUUUAUGAAUCAGCGGAUACCUCUCCCACCUUAUGUUUGGUGGUCGACAAUGGGAAUAGGUUGAUCUGGAGUGGUCAUAAGGAUGGGAAGAUAAGGUCUUGGAAAAUGGAUCAACCUUUUGCUACCCCUUUUAAGGAAGGUCUUUCUUGGCAGGCACAUAGAGGUCCUGUUCUUGCCAUGACCACAAGUUCCUAUGGCGAUCUCUGGUCAGGUUCCGAAGGGGGUAUUAUUAAGAUAUGGCCAUGGGAAUCCGUUGAAAAAUCUCUUUCCCUGUCUCCAGAAGAAAGGCAUAUGGCAGCUUUACUUGUUGAGAGGUCAUUCAUUGACCUCAGAAGUCAAGUCACCGUUAAUGGUGUUUGCAGUAUAUCUUCUCAAGAGGUUAAGUGUUUGUUGUCUGAUCAUGUUAGAGCUCGAGUCUGGUGUGCUGGGCCUCUAUCCUUUUCACUGUGGGAUGCCCGUACAAAGGACCUUCUGAAAGUAUUUAACAUUGAUGGUCAGGCGGAAAAUCGAGUUGAUAUGUCAUCCGUACAACAGGAUCAAGUAGUAGAAGAUGAAAUGAAGGUAAAGUUCGUUUCCUCCUCAAAAAAGGAGAAAUCCCAGGGUACUAGCUUUCUACAACGGUCACGUAAUGCAAUAAUGGGAGCUGCAGAUGCUGUGCGUCGAGUUGCAACCAAGGGAGCUGGAGCAUUUGUUGAAGAUACUAAAAGAACGGAAGCUCUUGUGCAAACAAGCGAUGGAAUGAUUUGGAGUGGAUGCACAAAUGGCUUAAUUGUGCAAUGGGAUGGGAAUGGGACGCGUGUGCAAGAUUUUAAUCGCCAUCCUUGUGCUGUCCAAUGCUUCUGCACUUUUGGAACACGGACAUAUGUAGGCUAUGUGAGUGGUAUUAUCCAAAUACUGGACCUAGAAGGCAAUGUAAUUGCGGGAUGGCUUGCUCAUAAUAGUCCUGUGAUUAAAUUGGCUGUUGCCAAUGAUUAUGUUUUUAGCUUGGCUACUCAUGGUGGUAUACGGGGAUGGAAUUUUGCAUCUCCAGGUCCUGUUGACAACAUAAUAAGAUCAGAGUUGGCCGGAAAGGAACUUAUUUACACAAGACGGCACAAUGUCAGAAUUUUGAUUGGCACAUGGAAUGUCGGUCAAGGUAGAGCUUCUCAGGACUCACUUCUGUCAUGGUUGGGUUCCGUUGUAUCAGAUGUAGGCAUUGUUGUGGUUGGUUUGCAAGAAGUGGAGAUGGGUGCUGGUUUUCUUGCAAUGUCUGCAGCAAAAGAAACUGUAGGGCUUGAAGGAAGUGCAAUGGGGCAGUGGUGGCUGGAUACAAUAGGAAAGGCCUUAGAAGAAGGAAAAGCUUUUGAGCGUAUGGGUUCUAGGCAGCUUGCUGGCUUGCUUAUAUCUCUUUGGGUAAGAAAGAAUCUUAGAACACACGUAGGGGACAUUGAUGCUGGAGCAGUCCCAUGUGGUUUUGGACGUGCAAUUGGUAAUAAGGGAGGAGUGGGUUUGAGAAUCAGAGUCUAUGAUAGGAUAAUGUGCUUUGUGAAUUGUCACUUGGCUGCACAUUUGGAAGCAGUUAAUCGGCGAAAUGCUGAUUUUGAUCACAUAUAUCGAAAUAUGGUCUUCAGCCGAUCAUCGAACCUACUUAAUACUGCUGCUGGUAUGGUACCAUACCUGUUCUUGUCUUGCUCUCUUGCCUUCUCCACAUAUUUAUUUUGGCUACUUUACUCUUCUGGCUUGCCAUUGGUCCUCUCUGUUACAGCUGGUGUCUCUACUGCUGUUCAUAUGCUUCGUGGUACAAAUGCUAUGGGUGUCAGUUCUGAAGAAGCAAAACCUGAGUUAUCUGAAGCAGAUAUGGUGGUAUUUUUUGGUGAUUUCAACUAUCGGCUUUUUGGUAUAUCUUAUGAUGAAGCCAGGGACUUUGUUUCUCAAAGGUGCUUUGAUUGGCUUAGAGAAAAGGAUCAGCUCAGGGCGGAGAUGAAAGCUGGAAAAGUUUUCCAGGGAAUGCGGGAGGCACUCAUCAAAUUUCCUCCAACGUAUAAAUUUGAAAGGCACCAAGCAGGUUUAGGAGGGUAUGAUUCGGGAGAGAAAAAGCGAAUCCCUGCCUGGUGUGACAGAAUAAUAUAUCGCGAUACUCGGUCAGCUCCAGUUUCUGAGUGCAAUUUAGACUGCCCUGUUGUGUCAUCAAUUUUACAGUAUGAUGCUUGCAUGGAUGUGACUGAUAGUGAUCACAAACCUGUUCGGUGUAAAUUCAAUGUCAAAAUUUCUCAUGCUGAUAGAUCAAUAAGGAGAAAGGAGUUUGGGGAAAUUAUGACAUCAAAUGAGAAAAUCAGAUCCAUGCUUGAAGAAUUAUGUUAUGCUCCAGAAACCACUGUCAGCCCGAACAAUAUAGUCCUUCAAAACCAGGACACUUCAUUGUUGCUUAUAACAAACAGAAGUACGAAGGAUACGACUGUGUAUAAGAUCACUUGUGAAGGCCAGUCUAUAGUCAAGAAUGAUGGUCAAGCACCUGAUUAUAGCCCAAGAGGUGCCUUUGGCUUUCCCAGAUGGCUUGAGGUCAAUCCAGCUGCCGGCAUAGUUAAACCCGAGCAAAGUGUAGAGGUUUCAAUACGUCAUGAAGACCUUCAUACCUCUGAAGAAUCUGUAGAUGGCAUACCACAGAACUGGUGGAGUGAAGACACCCGAGAUAAGGAAGUGAUUUUGGUUGUUCAUGUCCAAGGCAGCUCCUCCGUCCAAACUAUCAGUCAGAAAAUCCGUGUGCGCCAUUGUUUCUCGGCAAAGACGGUUCGAAUUGACUCAAAAUCCAACAGCGCGAAGAGAAAUCAAGUAAGCUAACUACAUAAACUAGUUUCAGAAAUUUAGUAGUUCCACUCAUGUGGUUGAUGACUUAGAAAAUUCCAAAAAUGCCUAAAUGGAAGGAGGGAAAUGUCAAUGAGAAAUGUCAAUGACAGAUGCACAAUAUAAGAGGCGUUGUUUAAAUUGUUGUUGAACAUCCAAAAGCACUUUCUGCUUUAAGUCUUAGGACAGGUUUAGGUUGU